UCGCUGCCUGGUCACUGGAGCUGAUUAGUAUGCGCAAGGGUCCGCCUCGCACCGAGAGAUGCAGCCGCAGCAGCUUGCAGAGCUGUCACACUCACACAGGCUUCUUAUCUGCACUGGCUUGACGAAUUAAAAAGCAAGCCAGCCAGCAAGAGAGAGACCGGGAGAGAGAGGGGGGAAGAGAGAGAGAGAGAAGCUUGCAGACAGCGCUCGCUUUCUUUUCCUAAAGGAAGGAUUUUGCAUCUUAAGUGCUCACUGGUUGUGAUGAUGCUUCACUUAGCGGGCUCCAGAAUGAGCUAGAGACAGCAGAUAGGGGGAUAAACUAAAAGCAGACCACAAAGCAUUACGACCAAAACCAAAACCAGGAACAGUUUUCUCCUCUAUUCUAGCAUGGUGGAUGUAUGGACAGUCUUACAGAGCAGAGGUUGACUUCUCCAAAUCUACCAGCCCCACAUCUUGAACACUACAGUGUUCUGCAUUGCACCAUGACCUUGGAUGUUCAAACGGUGGUCGUUUUUGCAGUGAUUGUGGUGCUAUUGCUUGUGAAUGUCAUACUCAUGUUCUUCCUGGGCACUCGUUAA